AUGCAGCAACACUAUGGCGUUCCACCACACGCGGAGACAGUGCCUCUCCGUCCUCAAGUGUCGAACGCCAGACUGGCUGGUGUUACUGUCGCCACCAAGUCAUCCGCUAAGAAGCCACGCUCUACCAAGAAGUUGACUGCCUCGACGCUUCUCUCGUAUGACUACACCAAGCUACUAGAGGUGAACCCCAACGCUCCUCAGGAUGUGCGAACUGUCAUCGCUAUAGUCCUUCACAAGGAUGAAGAAGCCGGCAAAAUUCCCUGGCACCUGGCGUACCCGUGGUCGGGUCGACCACUCCGGUACGAUCCAGGUGAAAAUCGAGAUAUUCAUCGAGCUCACGGCCGUUUCUGGAUGACUCAUCGACGCGCUUUCUGGAAGUGGGCGUUCCACGUCCCUCUCGAAACAACCCCAGCUCAGUCCAAUCGCCGCAAGCUGAAAAUGCGGGCAACUCUCGCUCGUCUGUCCUUCACGAGCGUUUGUAUCGAGACUUGGGGCUUUUACGCGUUCCUCGAGAAGCUGGAGAAGCGUCCUGAAAUGUUCUGGCUCGGAGGCCAGCCCGGCAAGUCUUCACGCGGAGCGGACACCAAUGGGUACUCGCAGGUACUCUCCUUCGUUGAAUUCACCAAAGCCCUGAAUCCCGAGGCCAUCGCGAAGAACCGUCUCUCCAUGACUGCGUUGGCACGCAUCCGGCAAGAUCUCACGUCUGGAACCAAACUCAAGACGUCGUGA